GAUGAGUUGGUUCUACCAUAAAAACCCAAACCAACUCGAUCUUCUUCCCGCAACCUUCACAAUCUGCUUCUUCUACCUCGUGUGAAACGAAACCCUAGACACGCCGAUAACAGGAGAUGCAAAACUCGAGGAUCCCACCGUCUACUGAAUCGAAGAGAAAGAAGAUUCAUCAUAACCCGAAACAACAUCCCUUGACUCAGUUACCAUCGCGAAUCUCUAAAAAGGCUUCAACGAGGAUCAUCAAACCGGACCAAGUUUACGCCAUGUCGUCUUCCCAUCAACCUGAGAUGUUUAGCUCAGAUUCGUCCGAGUAUAGAGCGCUGAGGCGCAGCUAUUUGCUGCUGGAGGAAGAGAGCUUCGCGUUAGAGAGAGAGUUGAAGGAAAUGGAAGGCGAGGUUAAAGCACUCGAAGAUGAGAAAGUUGAGCUUUUGGACAAGCUUGUUGUAAUGGAAGGUUUAGUUGAUCCUUGAUGGGGUUUAAAGAUAGCCAACUCUUGUGUUGUCUGAUGGAUCAUUCGUGUGUAGUUUUAUGUACAAACCAACUUUAUAUUGUUACAGCUUUUGGAUAAACAUGUUGUAAUGAACGGUUUAGUUAAUCCUUGAUGCUUCUGAUGGCUCA